UGUCGCGACGUCACGACUAGUUUGGCGGCAGCCAUAAUACAUAGUACUGUGACGCCGCAUUGCGUGGUGUACGUAUUACUUGUGAUGUCGUAAGUAAUGUACUAAGUAAUACUCUGCUGCAGUUUACCUCCCAUUACUCCAACUGUAACAUUGUUAGGUUAGGUGUAGUUUAGUUAGGUAGUGUAGGUUUUGGUGGCUGACAGAUGUGUGCUAAUUGAUGUUGGCUGCAGCUUGCAACUGCGAUGCGGCUGGAAGCACGAGCUCACUGUGCAGUUCAACGGGAUACUGUGAUUGUAAGACAAACGUCGAAGAUAAACAGUGCGAUCAGUGUCUUACUGGCUUCUUCAACUUACAAGCCACUAGUGUUGAUGGUUGUGAGGAUUGCGAGUGUGACUUGAAUGGGUCUGAUCCAUCCUUCAAUGGUGCCUGCAACAGCACUGGGUACUGUAACUGUAAACCGAAUGUUUUUGGGAAGAAAUGUGAUCAGUGUGAAGCGGGAUUUUAUUUAUUAGCGGGCUCAAACGGCUGCAUAGAGUGUGGAUGCAGUCUCUCUACUGCAAAGUCUUUGCAGUGUCAUAUGCAGACAGGACAGUGUCCUUGUAAAUCUGGUUUAACCGGUCGAACUUGUGGCAUCAUUGGAGACUUCCACUGGCUGCCUUUCUUAGAGGGUAUCAUCUAUGAAGCAGAGUCUGCUUGGCUUAGUGGAGGCGCCAUAGUUGAGAGACGAGUCAGUGAUCUCAGCAAGUUUACUGGAACGGGUGGAGUGAGAAUGAGUGGUGAUGGUAAUCGCAUUACAUUUCGUGUGACCGUUCCACAGAGAUCAAUUCAGUAUAGACUGAUUAUUCGUUAUGAGGCACCAAGUUCAUUUGACAGUGUCGUGUUGACAGCAGUGAGAACAGGUGAUGAGGCAAGUGUACUUACUGCUAAAAGCAUAUUACCAUCUGCACCUACAUUUGCUAAUCCUCACGAGAGACCAUUAAUGGGACAGCAGAUUGCUGGUUCUCAACUGAUUGUUAACUUUACUUACAAUCUUCAUGCUGGAGCUGGAAAUCCCAUCGACGGAUUUUUUGUUGAUUCGCUUUUACUUAUGCCAGUACACACGGAUCUUCCUGAGUUUCAGGCGUUAUCUUUUGGUGAUCAAUUAGUGUUUCCAUUCACUUGCUUUGAUGUGCGGAAAUCUGUACCACAGUCAUCUUCAGCAAGUCUCACAGAGUUUUGCAGAAAUAUCACUAUUCUAAUCAAUGCCGCUCUUUUCAAUGGAGCAUUGAAUUGUAGUUGUGACAAUAUAGGAACAUUGGGUUCUAGUCAAGAGUGUGAAAAGCUGGGUGGUCAGUGUACUUGUGCAUCAAACAUUGUCACUCGAACUUGCCCAGCGUGCGACUACACAUACUUUGGCUUUGACAGUGCUGGCUGUGAAGCCUGUGUGUGUAAUGUCAUUGGGUCAAACUCAGGUCAGUGCAAUGAGACUGGUUAUUGUGACUGCAAAGGAAAUGCAGGCGGUCAGAGGUGUGACAUCUGUAAAUCAACGUUCUUCAAUUUUUCCAGCAGCAAUUCAGAUGUCUGUGAAUAUUGUCUGUGCAAUGUUACUGGUUCUGAAACAUCAGCCGGUGGGAGCUGCAAUGCUACAACAGGACAGUGUACAUGUAAAGCCAAUGUGAAGGGGUUGAAAUGUGAUACUUGCAAGACAGGAUUCUUUAAUCUACAAGCAUCAGACGUUGAUGGAUGUGAACCUUGUAACUGCAAUGUUGAUGGAUCUACUGCAGCAUCUAUGGGUGCAUGUAAUGAUGGUGGUCAUUGUGAUUGUAAGGCAAACGUAGUUGGACUGAAGUGUGAUACUUGUCAACACGAGUUCUUUUUGACUGGUAAUAAUGUCGCUAAUGGCUGUCAACCAUGUGGUUGCUCCCUGUCAUCUGCAAUAUCACUGUCAUGUAACCAGUUAACAGGACAAUGUCCUUGUAAAUCUGGUUUGACUGGUCGUACUUGUGGCAUCAUCGAAGACUUGCAUUGGCUGCCUUUUUUGGAGGGUCUCAUCUAUGAAGCAGAGUCUGCUUGGCUUAGUGGAGGCGCCAUGGUUGAGAGACGAGUCAGUGAUCUCAGCAAGUUUACUGGAACGGGUGGAGUGAGAAUGAGUGGUGAUGGUAAUCGCAUUACAUUUCGUGUGACCGUUCCACAGAGAUCAAUUCAGUAUAGACUGAUUAUUCGUUAUGAGGCACCAAGUUCAUUUGACAGUGUCGUGUUGACAGCAGUGAGAUCAGGUGAUGGGGCAAGUGUACUUACUGCUGAAGACAUAUUACCAUCUGCACCCACAUUUGCUAAUCCUCACGAGAGACAAUUAAUGGGACAGCAGAUUGCUGGUUCUCAACUGAUUGUUAACUUUACUUACAAUCUUAAUGCUGGAGCUGGAAAUCCCAUCGAUGGAUUUUUUGUUGAUUCGCUUUUACUUAUGCCAGUACACACGGAUCUUCCUGAGUUUCAGGCGUUAUCUUUUGGUGAUCAAUUAGUGUUUCCAUUCACUUGCAAUGAUGUGCGGGAAUCUGUACCACAGUCAUCUUCAGCAAGUCUCACAGAGUUUUGCAGAAAUAUCACUAUUCUAAUCAAUGCCGCUCUUUUCAAUGGAGCAUUGAAUUGUAGUUGUGACAAUAUAGGAACAUUGGGUUCUAGUCAAGAGUGUGAAAAGCUGGGUGGUCAGUGUACUUGUGCAUCAAACAUUGUCACUCGAACUUGCCCAGCGUGCGACUACACAUACUUUGGCUUUGACAGUGCUGGCUGUGAAGCCUGUGUGUGUAAUGUCAUUGGGUCAAACUCAGGUCAGUGCAAUGAGACUGGUUAUUGUGACUGCAAAGGAAAUGCAGGCGGUCAGAGGUGUGACAUCUGUAAAUCAACGUUCUUCAAUUUUUCCAGCAGCAAUUCAGAUGUCUGUGAAGCCUGUAUGUGUAAUGUUAUUGGGUCAAACUCAUCUCAGUGCAAUGAGACUGGUUAUUGCGACUGCAAAGGAAAUGUGGGCGGUCAGAGGUGUGAUGUCUGUAAAUCACAGUUUUUCAAUUUUACCAGCAGCAAUUCAGAUAUCUGUGAAGGUCCUCCACAGAAAUGUAAUGUAGUUUCAACCCAAAGUUAUGAUGGUCAGAGUAUGAAUGUUGCAGUUAGCUGUCCAGAAAAUGGAAAUUCUCCUAUAACUGCAUACCGGAUAGAAUAUCGGUUGGAUGGCAAUGGUAUGACAUGGAAGUCAAGAGAGUUUGAUGCUACUAUUCUUCAACCCUUUGUUAUUGAUGGUCUUGAACCAUUUGAAUCAUACAAUUUUAGAGCAACAGCUAGGAACAAAUAUGGUUAUGAAGCUGGAGAGUUAUCAUUUAAUAAUGUUGUUACAAAUACUACCGCUGAAGACUAUCCUGGUCCUCCCAGUAUAGUCAGUUCAUCACAAAAUGCUUCUCGCUGGCUUGUUGUGUCUUGGUCACUACCUGACCAACCAAAAGGUGAUCCCAAAUACUAUUUUGUGUACUACCAACGAGUUGGUCUUCGUCAAAUGCGAGACACCAAACGAUUGAAUGUAACUGGCACAUCGGUCAAUUUAACCAUGCUCAGUCCAUUUACUUGGUACAGUGUUGAAGUGGCAGCAGUGAAUGUUCGUUCUCAUGAUGGUAAGGCAUUGGAGGGGCAAAGGAGCGUUGCGAGGAACUUCGGCACAGAUGAAGAUGCUCCUACAACUGCACCACGUGACGUGACAUUUACUACUGAUCCACCACAUACAGUUAAUGUGAGUUGGAGGGAACCCACCACACCAAAUGGAAUUGUUCGAUAUUACAUUGUUGAAUACAUGCUAGCAGACGAAAGUGGAACUAAAACGGUUUUAAAUCGAGUAAAAGGGCUUAGCCAGGUGAUUAGCAACUUGCUAGAAUCGACAUAUUAUGAUGUCACAGUUCAAGCCUACACCAUUGGAGUUGGACCAGCAGCAUCAAUAAGAGUAGCAGCACAUGCAAUGACACCAACUCCACCUCAGCAUGUGAGAAAUUCAAGUGUGAUGUCAAGUUUGGUUACUAUUCAGUGGGAUUCUCCUGUUAACUCAAAUGGCAUCCUUCUCUUUUAUACAGUUUACUAUAGCACUGAUGCUUUACAAUAUGACUCGUCUCCUGACAUUUUCAUUAGUCGAACUACAUACACGUUGAUGAAUCUUAGUCCAUACACAACGUACUUCAUUUACAUGUCAGUUACAAACAAUGCCAACUUUAACUCAGAAAGUUUGCCUAGCAACGUUAUUCAAGUGCAAACUCUUUGGUCUCCUCCUCUUAAACCAGAUAAACCAUUAACUGGUGACACAAGACCAUCAGCAACAACUAUAACAGUGGUGCCUCCAAGUGUUGAUGAUUCCAAUGGUCCAAUAAAGUAUGUUGAUUUUGUUGUGCACGAGGAUGUGACUGGAUCUGUUGGUGAUGAGGCAGCUAAUAUACCACCUGUUAUUAAACCAUAUGACAAGAGUAGGAUCUGGUAUGUGGCAGCUCGAUAUGAAUAUGAUCAGUACAAGAAGAACAUAGGCGGACGUCAGUUUAUAAUUGGAAAUGGUUCAGUGGUGUCUGCUGGAGGUAUAGAGUACACAAAUGGACCACUACAGCCAGGACAGUCAUAUCUGGUUUAUAUCCGCGUCAUUGGGAUUGGAGAUGAUGGGAUGCAGGAGUUCUCAUCAGUCAGUAAGGCUACAAGGUACACAACUGCGUCUGCAGAGAAUGAGUCAGAGAAUGAGUCAUCAUCUGGAGGAUCAUCAAAUUCUGUCUUGAUCAUUGCAGUUGCUGUUACACUAAGUGUCAUCAUUCUUGUGCUAAUCAUUGUAGUUUUUGCUUUGCUGAGGAAGAACAGGUGCGCUAUAUAUAGAAAUGAGAUGAAAUCAGAGACUGGCACAUAUGAUAGCGUCAUUACCAAUGAAGCAACAUCUGGAACAAGUGAACGUUUGGAGGCAAGCAAUGCGAUAAUGACAUUUAAUAGCUUAUAUGCUGCUACAGGUGCAGACAGUGGUGCUGAAUCAACUGCAUACGAAGAGGUUGGAAUCACUGCAGUGGCUGCCUAGAUGUUGUUCAGCUUGUACUCAAAUUUUAUGAUUUUAUGGUGACUAAGUUGCCCUUGUGGUCUUGUCAGAGUUUCUAAACAUGAGGUUGCCAUGGUAUGUAUAGUGUUAGAGCUAGAAAAUUAGAAUACAUGUACUAUAAUUAGCUAUAUUGUAUACAUGCAAAGAUGAGAAACUUUGUGGUUCUUUCAUUUUUGAGUUUGCAGACUAGAAAAAAAGGUGUAUUCAACAAAACAAUAAUAAUCUCAUAAUAGAAAAGAAACAAACAAUUUUUGCAAGUCAAAAGUUCAGAAUGGUGUAUACUAAUUAACAUGUCAGGUAGGUACACUAUUAUCUGACUUUCUCUAUAUGUGAAGAUCUAUUUACUGCAAAUCAAUGCUAAUUCGCUUUUUCAAAAGUGGCAGCUAGUAGAGUGACGGAACUAGAAAAAGAGUGAACUUGCAUUCAGUAGAC